AUGGCGUCGCGCCACGAUUACCCUCUCUUCAUUCCUAUCCAUGAAUCACUUCUGCUUCAGUUUACCUAUGCUGCUCAUGGUCUCAUGGACUCCUUCCGAUGGGUGUCGGUCUUCACCACAGUCGCACGGGACGCUGAAAUUCGUAGCAAUAUUCUCAGAUGCUUCUUGCUGAAUCUAAGCUCGCUUCUGUGUCUCUAUAUGGUCGACUUGCUCUUCCUUGAUGCUACCCCACACAUCGGUUGGCUGUACAGGCUAGCUUGGGUCCUCCCCGCACUCGGAGUCUCGUUUUAUCUUAAUAGUUCUUGGUGUUCCGUUAUCGCAAAACGAGCCUAUUCCCUUCAAAACGCCAACCGAGCAGCAACCCAACCCCCCUCGACAUACAAUGGUCUGCUAACCGCCAUUGCCACGUCUGCCUAUCGAGUCGUAAUGGUCUUCACAUCUGUCGUGGUGUCCUUUGCUCUCGGCCUUAUUCCUUUGGUUGGACCUGUUGUUGGAUUUAUUUUCCUAUGCUGGAUUGACGCGUACUACUGCUUCGAGUUCGUUUGGAUAGCCAGAGGUAUGUCGCUUUCGGGGCGAGUGAGGCAUUUGGAAGAGAGAUGGGCUUAUUAUCUUGCGUUUGGAUUACCUUCUGCUGCUCUUUGCUCAUUUGGAAGCAGUCUUGCAAAUGCAGUCGUAUUCGCUCUGUUCUUUCCCCUGUAUAUUAUCAUGGCGAUUCAUGGACGUCCGUUGCCAGAAGACCCCUACAGUCCUCUUCCACCCAGUUCUCGAGGCAGUGACGAUGUCAUUCGACAUCCUUCACCAUUCAUUCCCAUUCGGUUACCCAUAUUCGCAGUGGUGAUGUGGUUGAAUGAUACGAUUGUCCGGGCAGUCAGUGUAGGCAGUGCCAAACCAAUAAAACACAAUAGAUCCUUCAGCGAUGGUGGAGAGAGUGUAGAAGCAGGCAAGGGAGUUGAGCAAGCUCGGCCAGGACGAGCAGUGCAAACUCGAAUCAAUAUAGGACGCAGGAAGAAAAUAGACUAG